UGUGCUAGCGGUCAAAUCUGUCAUAAUGGGAAAUGCGUUUGCACCGGCAAGGAAACGCUUUGUAGCUCUACCUGCGUUGACACCAAUUCUGACAGCCAAAAUUGCGGAACUUGUGUGCGCUAGUGGUCAAACUUGUGAUAAUGGGAAAUGUGUUUGCACCGGCAAGGAAACACUUUGUAGCUCUACCUGCGUUGACACCAAUUCUGACAGCCAAAAUUGCGGAGCUUGCGGCAAUGCUGUAUUGACCAAACUUGUCAAAGUGGAAUAUGUACCCAAACCUGUCCCAAUGGUCUAA